ACAGUGACUUGUUCUAAGCGGUGGUAAUGAAGAAGAAAACAAACAGCAGCCAGGUUGUAGUACUCAUCUUUUUUAGUACUUAUACAGUACUAGGGUAUUAUGAGUAAAAAGAGCAGCUUUUUGGUAUCACAACAGCUAGUCUAUUAUAUCUAGAAGAAGAUUCACUUACAGUUAUUCAACAGCUGAUUCAUGGUUGUCAAUCCAUGUGACCCAGAUAAUUUUCUUUAUAUUACAAGUUUCUGGGGGUAUAAAAGUAAAUAUAUUAGGCAGUGUGGUGUUAGAAUAUUUUUGUGUGUGCAGAUGCUAAACUGAGUUGGGUUUCAACUUUCAAGUGGUUGUGACUUGUGGUCAGAUCUGCAGAGGAUAUGGAGCCCCCAACUGGAUUUUGGUCAUCUCUGUGGAGAUUCAUAUGUUUCUUGCCUUUCUUCAUUGGACUACUUCUUCUUGGCCUCCUUAAAGGUGUCAUCUUGUGCCCGCUGAUAUGCCUUCUUAUGACUUUUGGGAACUCUGCAAUAAUUUUGGGUCUCUGGCCUGUACACUGUUUCUGGACAUACCUUUGCAUUUUGAGGACAAAGAAAUUUGGUCCCGUUCUUAAGCUUGUUCUCUGUGUAUGUAUUAUUGUGCCCUUGCUUCUGUGGCCACCAGUUGGCAUACUUUCAAGCAUUAUUGGUGGUGCAGCAUAUGGCCUUCUUUCACCCAUAUUUGCUACUUUUGACGCUAUUAGCGAGGGGAAUACUGAUAAAUUUUUCCAUUGUAUAUAUGAUGGAACUUGGGACACAAUCACAGGGUGCUGCACUAUUAUCAGGGAUUUUAAGGAUGUAUGCUAUCAUUCAUACUUUUCAUACAUGGAUGAUCUAAAACGUCAAGGACCUCAGGAGGAAAAAUAUUAUGAAAUCAGAUUGCUUUAUCUUCCUGGAGCCAUCAUUGUCGGAGCGCUGGGACUAAUUGUGGACUUUCUAAUAAUCACCUUUGUUGCCGUUUGUAAAUUUCCAUACAUGCUUUUUAAGGGGUGGCGUCGGUUAUUUCAAGACUGUAUAGGACGGGAAGGUCCUUUCCUGGAAACCAUGUGUGUACCAUUUGCAGGUCUUGCUAUAUUACUUUGGCCAUUGGCUGUUGGCGGGGCAUUAUUAGCUUCCAUGUUAUCAAGUGUAUUCAUUGGUGCUUAUGCUGCAGUUAUUGUGUAUAAGGAGUCUUCUGUAUGGCUUGGACUUUGCUAUAUUGUCGCGAGUCUGUCUAUAUAUGAUGAAUACAGCAAUGAUGUUCUUGACUUGCCCGAAGGCUCUUGCUUUCCCAAGCCAAAAUACCGAAAGAACGCUGCAGUAAAGCGUAGCCCCUCUCGUUCAAAUUCUUCAGUACACUCCUUUCGAAAAGGAUCCAUGCGUUCAGGUUCUAUAAGGGCCCCUCUAAUAGAACUGAAGCCUUUGGAGAUAAUUGAUGGCAUAAUCAAUGAUCUCCAACACGACGGAGAGAUAAUAUUUUCUCAAGGAGUAAUAACUAAGCAAGACAUUGAAGAUGAGAAGAUAAACAAAAAUAAGGCCAUAUGUAAUGGUUUAGGGGCUUACAGCCUCCUGCAGUGCCUUCUGCGAUCUGCAAAAGCCAACGCUGUUGGUUUGUUACUAGCGGACAAUACUGAAAUAACAAGCACAAACAGACCAACAGAUACCUUCUUCGAUUGGUUUUUAAAUCCACUGCUUGUCAUGAGGGAUCAGAUCAAAGCCCAGAACCUAUCUGAGACCGAAGAGCAGUACUUGGGGAGAUUAGCGUUAUUUAUAGGUAGUCCGGAGAAGUUGAAAAUCUCCACGAUGGGAUCCCCGCCUGAAUCAGAGAUAAAAAAAGCAGAACUUAAUGCAUUAGCGAUGAGACUUCAAGGGAUAAGCAAGUCCAUAUCAAGGUUCCCAACAUAUAAACGUCGAUUUGAUGGUGCUCUCAAGACUAUAAAAUGUGAUCAUGCUAGGAAAACUGAUAGCAGCAGGCACAACGCUGAUCCUGAAACACUACCUAGGUCAAAAAGUACAUUUGGUCAGAUAUUUAACCUAAAAUAUUCCAGGCGCAAGGCGCCUGCCGCUGAUUUAGAGACUCAACUUGCUGUCGAUAAAGAUGUCCGGUGAGACAUGUAUAGAAAGAUGUCCAAGUAUGAUAUUACAUGUAACUGUUCAAUCACAAGCACAGAGAAAAUAGUGAGUGAAGAAAGCAGAAUCGAUUAAGACCUUACUCUCGAAGCACUUUUCUUUUCAUUAAAUAGUUGUAAGAUACUUAAUCGUACAGAUAGUUGUGCUUGAUAUUGUUUGAAUACUGUUGGCAAUUUGUACAGAUUAUAAGUGUUGAUCUUUUUAUGAUAUGGAGUAUAAAAUUAGGCCAA